AUGGAGGCUAAGCAAGUAACUGAACAAUUGCAACAGGCAAGGAGUAAAAGGGGUAACAUGGUUAGGCAAACAUACCUGCACAUAAUAGGGGAGCAACCAAGAUUGCAGUGGAAGUGCCUUUUGUUCAAGAAUGUAGCUAGACCUAAAGCUUAUUUUAUCAUGUGGCUCAUGCUUCAGAAGAGAUUAAUGACUACAGACAGAUUAACUAAAUGGGGAAUGAAGGUGUCAAAGAAGUGUGUACUGUGUCAAAUGACAGAUGAAAUCAUAGAGCAUUUAUUUGUGCAAUGCCAAUUCUCCAUCUGCCUAUGGAACAGGUUACUUGCAUGGAGCCAUAACCAUGAUCCUAUUCCUGCUAAUUGGGAUCAAUUUCUGAAAUGGUGUAUUCGGCAUGGGAAAGUGAAAGUUGUAGCAACUCAAAUCUUCAAAAUCAUUCUGGCAAAAUGUGUGUAUGCGAUAUGGAUUGAGAGAAACAAUAGAGUAUUUCAGAAGAAAAGUAGCUCUGUAGAGUAUAUGGCUAAAGAGAUAGCCUACAUCACUAUAGUUAGAGCUAAGUCCACCUUAAGAAAUGUAUUGAAUAGCUUCAUUUUUUGA